AUGCGCGAGGUCGUGUGGGCGAGAAGGAAGGCGACUUGGCCUGGCAGAGUUCUGCUGGUAGUGGCAGCCUUGGCCGGCAGCAAGAGCUUAAGCACAGCAGGUCCAACAGAUGAGGCAUGUUGCAGCAUCGCCGCAAGCUGCUCUGACACAUUGAAGGAACUUCAGAACAGAAACAAGGAGCUUCGAGCCCGGCUGAGCCAACGAUGCUGGCCCGGUUUGAAAUGCUUCUUCUCGGAUGGGCAAAUCUACAGUGUGCCUUUGCGGGCCGUGAGGCGGAAUGAUUCACAUAGGCCAGCAAAAGCCGGCCUGGCUUACUUGGCCGGCUUCUUCGAUGGAGAUGGCUCCGUUUACUCCCAGCCGUGCUUGUCUGGAACCAGCAUGAAGGUAGCCCAGUCCUUUGACCAAGCGGAAGUCCUCAUGGUUUUCCGGGAGACGUUCGGUGGGAGCAUCGGGUCUGAGACCCGCGGCAUGGGUCUGCGGAAGCCAAAGCUUCAGGCAGGCAUACGGCCAGUCGGCGCGAAGGGCAGCUGA